AUGGUUUCUCUUAUAAGUCUUGUAGACUUGGUUUUAUACCAACUACUUGCAAAUUCAUUCUAUAGAGCAGCAAGAAAAAUGAGAACCUUUGGUCUUAGUCUUUCAUCAAAACCAUCUCAUCAAACAUGUUCUUAUCCUAGUAUAGCAAAAUGUGAUGUACAAGGUAGAAAUAGAAUGUCACAAACAAUAGUUUGUGACAUUCAUGGAGUCAUCUUGAAAACUCAAUCCUUUUUUCCUUUUUUCAUGCUUGUUGCUUUUGAAGGUGGCAGCAUUUUCAGAGCUUUUCUCUUGCUUAUGUCUUGUCCUUUUCUCAUGGUUUGUGAUCAUGAGAUGAAGAUAAAGGUUAUGACUUUCAUAACCUUUUGUGGUUUGAAAAUCAAGGACAUGGAGAAUGUUUCAAGGGCUGUUUUACCUAAGUUUUAUUUAGAGAAUCUUAAUGUUCAUGUUUGUGAGAUUUUUGCUGGAACUGGUUCUAAACUUGUUAUCACAAAUGUUCCUAGAGUUAUGGUUGAGGGUUUUUUGAAGGAAUAUUUGAGUGUCGGUGAUGUUAUAGGGACUGAGUUGCAUGCUAUUGGUGGCUACUUCACUGGUUGUCUUACUUCUUCUGGCUUGGUUGUGAAGAAUAAAGCUCUUAAAGAAUACUUUGGUGAUCGAAAACCCGAUAUUGGAAUCGGAACCUCCAGUUUGAAUGAUCAUCUUUUCUUUUCAUCUUGCAAGGAAGCAUAUGUGAUGAAUAAUGAAGAAAGCAACAAGAAUAGUCCAAACUCGAUGACGAUGACACGGGACAAAUAUCCAAAACCAUUAAUAUUUCAUGAUGGAAGAUUAGCAUUCCUGCCAACACCAUCAGCAUCAUUCUGCAUGUUCAUGUGGCUACCAAUUGGAAUUUUCUUAGCAAUUUACAGAAUCCUUCUUGGCAUUAUCCUUCCUUACAAACUAGCACUCGAACUCGGAGUUUAUAGUGGCAUAGAUCUGAAAAUCAAAGGAACUGUUCCUAAAAAAACAAAACCAAACAAAGGUGUUUUGUUUGUAUGCUCACAUAGGACACUGUUGGAUCCAGUUUUCCUAAGCACAUCAUUAGCAAAGCCUUUAACAGCUGUAACUUAUAGUUUAAGCAAGGUUUCCGAGUUCAUAGCACCGAUUAAAACAGUGAGGUUAACUCGAAACAGAAAACAAGACGGCGAAACCAUGCAAAAGUUGCUAAGUGAAGGUGAUUUAGUUGUUUGUCCUGAAGGAACGACUUGUAGAGAACCGUAUUUGUUAAGAUUUAGUUCGCUUUUCGCUGAGUUGGCUGACGAGAUAGUUCCCGUGGCAAUGGAUACUAAUGUCAGCAUGUUUUAUGGUACAACAGCUAGUGGAUUGAAGUGUUUGGACCCUAUUUUCUUCUUGAUGAACCCGAAGCCAAGUUAUCAUAUUCAAAUUCUCGAGAAAGUGCCUAAAGAACUUACAUGCGCGGGUGGAAAAUCGAGUUUUGAAGUUGCGAAUUAUAUACAGAAAAAGUUGGGUGAUGCUUUGGGGUUCGAGUGUACGAAUUUUACUCGGAGGGAUAAGUAUUUGAUGCUUGCUGGAAAUGAAGGGAUUGUACAACAAGAUGAACGAAAAAAAUGUAGUUAUUAA